AUGGCUUCGAGUCUUCUAGGUGCCGAACUUGGAUUCCAGAUUCGAGGAAUUUGGAAUGGAUUCGAGGGUAAUGGGUUGGAUAUUUGGAAUGAGGAAGGCCUGGGAAAUCAAGUAAGCUAUGAUCAAGUGGACUCAAUAUUGGUAGAGCCGUGGGGAGGAAAAGGUGGAUCAGAGUGGAAUUACAAACUGAAAAGUCCCAUUAAAGAAAUAGUCAUUGCAAGUGGAGCGAUUAUAGACUCCAUCAUGUUCAGAACCGUUACUAGUGAAAGUACCAUAGUUUAUUCACCGAAGUUUGGUGGCAAUGACGGAGGUCGAAGAGACAACGUUAAUAUUGAGGCGACACCAUUGGAAUAUUUGAAAGGCAUAAAGGGAACAUCGGGACAUUAUGGCGGCCAUUAUGCUGUGAAAUCUCUAAGUUUUAUAACUAAUGCAAAGAAUUAUGGAUCAUUUGGGAGUGAAGCGGGUGGAACCCCAUUUUCACUUCUGAUGAAAGAAGGUGGAGCUAUUGUUGGAUUUCGCGGGCAUUCUGGGUUGUAUCUUGAUGCUAUUGGUAUUUAUUUGUAG